AUGCACCGCGCUGUCGUGGCCCUUCUGGCCAUCCUGGCGCUUGUGGCUGCCAAUUCGCACCACAAGUUUCAGGCCAACUUCAACGGCCCCAGCUCAUACGAGCUGCACAACUACAACCCCGUCGCGGAUAAACGGGCCGUGGUCGUCUCUGGCCAGGCUCGCUUCACCGUCUUGACCCCUCGCCUGAUUCGCAUGGAGUACAGCAAUGACGCCAAGUUUGAGGAUCGCCCCACCUUGGCCAUUGUCCAGCGUAACCUCUCCGUCCCCGCCUUUACGACCAGCACUGCCAACGGUGUCCUCACCAUCACCACUGCGGAGGUCAUCCUCAGCUACACGGUGGGCCAAAACUUCUCGGCCUCAACGCUCUCGGUGAAGCCGGCCUCAAACAGCUCCAGUGCCUUCAAGGGCUGGUACUACGGUGCCCCUAAUCAUGGCAACCUCUUGGGCACGAUCAAGUCUCUGGAUCUCCUCGGUGUUACCUCGCUCAACUGCACCGAAAAUGCCAACAUCAACGUUCACGACGAGAGCCUUCACUGCGAGUGGGCUGUCGUGUCGCGUGAUGGCUGGGCCGCACUGGAGGACGACACUAACUGGUGCUUGACCACCGGCGCCGAGUGGUGGGAUAGCGUGAACCACAAUGACAUUGAUACCUAUCUCUUUGCCCAUGGCCAUGAUUACCGUGGUGCCUUGGCUGAUUUCACCGAGGUCGGCGGCCGCAUCCCAAUGACGCCCCGCUACGCCAGUGGCGUCUGGUACACUCGCUGGUUCGAUUACAACAACCUCGACGUCAAGAAGGUCGUCAACGAGUACCGCUGGCACGCCAUGCCCCUGGAUGUCUACGUGACUGACAUGAAUUUCCAUAGCAAGUACCACUGGGGUGGCUACACCUUCGACAAGCACCUCUACCCCUUCCCCAACGACACCUUUGGCUGGAUGCAUGACCAAGGCCUGCAUCUGGCGGCCAACCUGCACGAUGAUGAUGGCGUGCACAACACGGAGGAUUCCUUUGUCAACAUGUGCAAGGCAAUGGGCCUUAACGUGGAUAACACCACCGAGAUUGACUUUUCUGUCCUGGACAAGGAGUAUUUUUACAACCUUGAAGACAUUGUUCUUAAGCAGUUCAACAUGGACACCUUUGACUUCUGGUGGCCCGACUGGCAGCAGGGCGGCACCCAAGGUGGUGCCGCCGGUGGCAAGCAAAACCCCACCAUCUGGAUCGACAAGAUGCGCGUGACGGACCCCAAGCGCCAGAACACGGAUCUGCGUGGCUUCCUCCUUGCUCGCUGGGGUGGCAUGGGUAACCACCGUUACCAAGUUGGCUUCUCCUACGGCUUCUGGAGCCAUGAUACCGAAGGCCCAUCGGACGAUUACGAGAUGUUUGUGCGUUGGGUCCAGUGGUCUUCCUUCUCCGCAAUUCUCCGCUCCCACGAGCGUGGCAUGUCCGGGGGUGCGUGCGCCAAUGCAGGCACCUGCAGCGUCGUUCGCCCCUGGAACGCGCCCAUCAAGUACGCCGAGAUCAACCGCGACACUCUGCAGACACGCAGCCGCCUCAUCCCUUACAUCUACACCGCCGUGCGCCAAGCCUAUGACUCUGGCGUUUCCAUCAUUCGUCCUAUGUACUACGAUUUUCCCGAAGAAGAGCUGGCUUACGCAUCGGAUCAAUAUGGCAACUUCUCCCAGUACAUGUUCGGUGACGACAUGCUUGUUGCUCCUGUCGUGGCACCGGCCGGGGAUGACCAAAUGACGGAAAAGACCAUUUUCCUGCCCAAGGGUACCUGGCUCGAGGUUCCCACUGGCAAGCUCAUCGCUCUUAGCGAGAGCAUCCAGUACACCAAGAAGUACGAUCUCUCCGAAGUCCCAGUCUUUGUCCGGGCUGGCGCCGUGAUCCCCUUGCGCCCAUUCGACACCACCGACACCAUUGGCGUGGCUCAACGCCAAUACACCGCGCUUGAUUUUGAGAUUUACCCUGGCACCAGCAGUGGCUCCACAAUGUUGUACGAGGACGAUGGUAAGACCACCAACUACCUCAACAACCAAUACGUCUGGACCAACGUGUCCUACGUUCGUCCUGAUGCCACCAGCAUCAUCAUCACAGUCACCUCCAAGGGAUCAUAUCCGGAAUUCCCCGCCACGUACCAAGCCGCAAAUACCUAUUCAUAUGACGGUGUCAAGAUGGCGGCCGUCGUCAGUGUCUCUGGCGUGUCGACUUCGUCCACCUUUUCCAUCAAGUUGUCCUUCGAUGCAGUCGACGACAAGCUGAUGUCGGGUGUGCGCGGCGUCUUCUCGCACGCACAGCUGGGCAAGCGCUGCUUGGACGAGGACCGCAGCACCCCAGGCAAUAACGAUCCCAACGGUGGCCAUCUCAUGUCCCUUGCGUCAACGGCCGAUGCUCUCGAGUAUUUGGCGGUGGCCAAUAUCAAGCAAUUCCACGCCGCUAUUAAUGACGUGGCGCUGCGUUUGAAAGAAAGCCAGGACGAGAUUGCUGGCUCGGUCGAGCCGGAUCCUUCGCCGCUGCCCGACAACGCCGCGUACAGCCUCUUCGACCGAUCCAUGUCCGACUCUGUCCUGUGCACGUCGCUUCAGUGCCAAGGAUCCAACACCUAUUACACCCGCCUCCGCAUCGAGGGUUACUUGCCCGAGAACGGCAUCCCUGGCACCAUUCCUCUUUACCUCUAUUGGAACCAACGCGAGGACUCCAAGAAGGAUAACUUGGUCACCACCAACUCUACUCCCCCGGCAGGUUAUACCACGAGUGGCUACGACAACGGCCAGGUGUUCUCGGCGCAGCUGGAUGGCACCAUCCCUCUUCAGCUUUGGUACAACGCCCACACGAACGACCAUGCCACCGUUGCCAGUGAUGCUGGUAUUGCUUGGGUCAAGGGCAACAACUAUGCGCUGGUGGAUGGCGCCAUGGGCUACAUUUACAAGGACAACCAAAACCCAGAUGCUGGAUCUGGCCUGCUGCGUGCCCACCUUGCCAACCCGGUCACUCUCGACCCUACCCGCCAGGCCUACGUGCAGUCUCUGCUCACUUCCAUUUAA